AUGAAUAUGACGGUAGGAAAUCUGUCAGCAUUUGACUCGAAGGAGCAGACUUGGGAAGAGUACUGCGAGAUUCUGGAUCAGUUCUUCGUUGCUAAUGAUAUUGAUGAUGGAGAUAAGCAACGAGCUAUCCUCAUUAGUGUGGUGGGACCAGCCACAUACAAGCUCAUAAGGAACCUGGUGAGUCCAGAUAAGCCCAGCACGAAAACAUAUAACCAAAUAGUGACUAUCAUGAAAGACCACUUCAAUCCCAAACCAAGCGAGAUCGUGCAGAGAUACAAAUUCGACUCUCGUGCCCGUCAGCCUAGUGAAACUGUGAGUGUAUACGUAGCUGAGCUGAGACGACUCGCUCAGGAUUGUAACUUCGGCACGACACUGGAGCAAAUGUUAAGAGACCGCCUCGUUUGUGGCAUCAAUGAUGAUAGGAUUCAAAGACGUUUGUUAUCUGAAACCGAUUUCACAUUUGAGAAGGCAUUUCAAAUUGCCGUAGCAGCCGAAGCCGCCAGUAGGAAUGUGCAGGACCUUCAAAAUAAAGCUCCGUUAGCUUGUAACAGCAUGAAGACGGAGGGAAAGGAGAGGAAGGGAGACUGGAAAAAGAAAGAGUGCUACAGAUGCCACGGAAAGCAACACAGUGCAGCCGAGUGCAAGUUUAAAGAAGCAAAGUGUCACGCCUGUGGAAAAGUAGGACACAUCGCCAAAGCCUGCCGAAAUAAAAAUAAAGGGAGCUCGCGGCCAGAUGAAAGGAAACCAAACAGAGAGGAGCGGCGCGCGCGUCCACAGAAAGCACACAAGGUGUGUGAGGGGCAGGAUGAUAGUUCAUCAGAGCAAGAAGAAGCCUUCACGUUAGCUUGCAUUAAAACAGAAACCUCAAUAAGGAGAAUUAAGCCAUUUGAAGUAAAGAUGGAAGUGAAUAGGAAGAAAGUAAACUUUGAGAUUGACACUGGAUGUAGUGUGAGUGUUAUGAAUGAGACAACAUUUAAUGAAAUGUGGAAAGAGAACAAGCAGCCACAGCUCAAAGAAACUAAGCUCACACUGAGAUCCUAUACAGGGGAGAAAAUUAAAAUUGUGGGAGUAGCAGAUGUGGAAGUAAUCUAUGGCCAGCAAGUGAAGACGUUACCCCUAGUGGUGGUGAAGGGUACUGGACCUAGUUUGCUGGGAAGAGCAUGGCUGGAGACACUGAAGCUUAAGUGGGAUGAAAUAAAACAUGUGAGAACAGAGACACAAGGGCUACAGCAGGUACUUUCAAAACAUGAAGAUGUUUUUAAAGAAGAGUUAGGCAUGUUAAAAGGCAUGAAAGCAACCAUUCGAGUGUCAGCUGAAGCUUGUCCCAAGUUCUACAGACCCCGCUCAGUUCCGUAUGCCAUGAGAGCAAAAGUGGAAGAGGAGCUUGAGAGACUGCAGAGAGAGAGCAUCAUAACACCAGUAAAGUAUGCUGAGUGGGCUGCACCCAUCGUACCUGUCCUGAAGCCGGAUGGUUCUGUCCGGAUCUGUGGCGAUUAUAAAUUAACAGUCAACAGCGCUUCAUCUCUAGAGCAGUACCCCAUUCCCAGAGUGGAAGAUUUGUUUAAUAGUCUAGCAGGAGGGAAACAGUUUUCAAAGCUAGAUUUAAGUCAUGCUUAUCAGCAGAUUGUAAUGGAUGAAGAGUCCAAGAAAUACUUAACAAUUAACACACAUCGUGGCCUGUUUACCUACAAUAGGCUUGCCUUCGGAGUGUCAUCUGCUCCAGCAAUUUUCCAGAGAACCAUGGAAAGCUUGCUACAGGGUCUGCCUAGGGUAGCAGUGUAUUUAGAUGACAUACUUUUGACAGGGGAAGAUGAAGCUGAGCAUCUAAGUACGCUGGACGAGGUACUGCGGAGACUGAAAGAAGCAGGCUUGCGCCUUCACAGACGCAAGUGUGCAUUUCUGAGAAAUGAGGUGGAGUACUUGGGUCACAUUAUUAAUGCAGAAGGUCUGCACCCAGUGCAAAGCAAGAUAAAAGCCAUUGAAGAGGCUCCACAGCCGACCACCGUGACCGAGUUGAAGGCUUAUCUUGGUCUAUUGAACUACUAUAACAAGUUUCUCCCUAACCUAGCUACACAUUUAGCUCCUCUCCACCAGUUGCUGAAAAAAGGGGCCCAGUGGGCCUGGAAUAAGGAGCAGGAAGAUGCUUUUCGACUGUCAAAACAGAUGCUGAAAUCAGCUAAAGUCCUGAGUCACUACUCAGCGGAUAGAGAGUUGGUGCUGGCGUGUGACGCCUCACCAUACGGAGUGGGUGCCGUAUUGUCCCAUAUCAUGGAAGAUGGCAGUGAAAAACCCUUAGGUUUCAUGUCCCGCACGCUAACACCAGCUGAGAAGAGAUACUCACAACUGGAUAAAGAGGGCUUAGCUAUCAUGUUUGGAAUAAAGAGAUUCCAUAAAUACAUCUAUGGUCGAAUGUUUACGAUCAGCACGGACCACAAACCACUGAUCUCACUUUUCCACGAGAAGAAGCCCGUUCCUCAGAUGUGUUCACCAAGAGUGCAAAGAUGGGCAACCCUACUCCGGGCAUACGAGUACAAAAUAAUUUACAAACCAGGAAAAGAGCAUGCAAAUGCAGACGCACUGAGCAGGUUGCCGCUGCCACAUACUGAAGAAGAAGAAGAGACAGCACAAGUCCUUCUGCUGGAUCUGAUGGAAGAUCCGCCUAUCACAUCAGUUCAGGUGAAGCAGUGGACAGCCAAAGACGAAACACUGUCGCAAGUGUUACUCUGGUGCAUGAAAGGUUGGCCAAAAGAAGUGGACACAGUGUUCAAACCCUACUCUAAAAAGAAACUAGAAUUGAGUGUGAAAGAUUGGUGUGUCCUCUGGGGGUCAAGAGUGGUCGUUCCGAAGAAAGGAAGGAGCGUCAUACUGAAACAGCUGCACGCCACGCACCCAGGGAUGUCCAGGAUGAAAGGUUUAGCACGCUCAUAUGUGUGGUGGCCAGGAAUGGAUUCUGAUGUCGAGAAGGAAGUUCAGUCCUGCCACACAUGCCAAGAAAAUAGGAAGUGUCCUGCAGGGGCGCCACUUCAUCCAUGGGAGUGGCCAGAAACACCCUGGAGCAGGCUGCAUAUUGAUUAUGCAGGUCCUUACCUUGGAAAGAUGUUCCUGAUAGUAGUGGAUGCACAUUCCAAAUGGAUUGAUGCCUACCCAACAAACACUGCAACAAGUCAGGUGACUAUUGAAAAGCUGAGACAGUGCUUUAGCAUACAUGGUCUUCCCCAGACAAUAGUAUCUGACAAUGGAACAUGCUUUACCAGUCAAGAGUUUGCAACAUUCCUGAAGCAGAAUGGAAUACAGCAUAAAACAUCCGCACCUUUCCACCCCGCAUCGAACGGACUAGCGGAAAGAGCUGUUCAGACAUUCAAACAGGGAAUUAAGAAAACAAAAGGAGAUACACUGGAAACAAAAAUAGCCAGGUUUCUGUUCAACUACAGAAUUACACCACAAAGUACGACUGGCUUGUCACCCGCUGAAAUGCUCAUGUCCAGAAGACUGCGUUCUACACUGGAUCUUUUGCUGCCAGAUGUGAAGUCAAAGAUUCGUAAGAAACAACUCAAACAAAAAGAACAUCACGACAUACACAGUAAGUGGAGAAGUUUUGCACCUGGAGAUGAUGUAUAUGUCCGUAACUACAGCUAUGGACCAAAGUGGAUACCAGCAGUAGUGGAUGAGAACACUGGACCCGUAUCCUAUACAGUGCAGGCUGGAGAUGGACGUGUGAUGAGACGUCACGUCGACCAGAUUCGUAAGCGUCAAGCAUCAUCAAACGAGAUGUCCAGUCAUGAGGUGGAAGGAGAGCCUGUCAGCCUGCAGUUGCCAGAGCAGGCAGUGGAGGUCGUGACUGCAGACCCAGGUGUUCCAACUUCAGUGGGAGGGGAAAUGACUGAGCAGCCUGCUGAGUCAACCCAGGUUCAUCCUCCAGCUGAACUUUCGCUAGGGACAGAAGCCCAAAAGACACCUGUGCUGCGAAGAUCUGCACGCACCAGACAGACUCCUGCUUAUCUGAGAGACUUUGUUAAUUAG